AUGGCGAAGAAGAAGAAACAGUCGCAGCAGCAACAAGAAAUGAAGAGAGAAACAGAGCAGUAUGAUGGUGUUUUGCAAGAGAAACAAGGCGAAAUCAACAAGUUGAAGAAAUCUGUGGAUCUUCUUAAUGGAGAUCUUGUUCGUCAAAGACAAAUUGUUUCUGAUAUGAAAAAGAUACUCGAUGUUCAGGCUAAAGAAUUCAAGGAGGAUAUUAAGAAGAAGACAGUGAAAAUAAUCGAUGAUUUCGAUAAGAAUUUUAACAUGUUGAGAAAGGCAGUUGCAGAAGUAUACAAGGAAAUGGAAGAAGCAAUUGAGGGUUUAUUGGUUGAGAAAGGUUUGAUUGAGCAGAAAUUGGUUGAUUCUGGGAAGAUAAUCGAGGAACUGAAAAGAGAGAAGAAUAAGAUUGAGAAGAACAGGGACGAUCUGCUACUGAAACUAGCUCAUUUAGAGAAACACCAGGAAGUGGAAUUGGAUUCCGGAAGAAGAAAGAAAUUCAAGGAAAUUAGUGAAGAGGAAAAUGUAUUUGCUGAUAUUGAAACUAUCGUUUCGUCAAUUGAGAAGCAAAUCAAAGUUCUAAUUGAUGCUAACAAGCAUCUGAAAUCCGAGGUCAGGUCUUUGAAAGAUAAUCUCAAGAGGGUUGAUGCUGAGAAGAGUGAAAUUCAGAAGCAACUUAAGAAUGCAUUGAGUGAGCUUGAUGACAAGUCCUCCAAAGAUCUAAUUGAAGGGGUUGAUGCUGACAAGGGCAAGCAACUUAACUUGAGGAAAAGGAAAAUUGGUUGA